GAUAAAAUUAUUUACAAGUUCUGUAAUAUAUUUAAUUAAUAAGCCAAUGUUUGUGUUUAUUUGAUAUCUUAAUGAAAUAAUAAUGGAUUCUGAUACGGAUUCGUUGGAGAGAACAAUACAAAAUGAUACGUCGUCUCAUGCAAUGGGCAAUAUAAAAAGUGAACCCGAAGAAGAUCCGUUGGAAGGCAGUAGUUAUAAUUUAGACAUGUCGAUGAAGGCGGAAACUACAAAUGAGGAAGAUGACGAUGAAGAAUAUAAUACAAUGGCACUACUAGAACUAGCUCAAUGCGUACAAACAAAUCAUGAUCCAAUAGAGUUUGACUCAACGGAGGCUGCCGUCAACCCGAAGACAGGUUUGAUGAUGUGUUUACACUGCUACGAGGAUGUUGACAGCAAUUUGUUAGCGGACCACAUGAUCAAUGCACACAGUUAUAGAAGAUUGCAACUUAAAUGUCGCAUUUGUGAUACAACGUUCCAGGAAAGAAAAGUAUUAAUAAUCCACCGUAAAGAAUGUCAGCCGCCAGCUAAGAAAGCUAAAAGACGCACUUUCCAGCAAAUAAUGAGAGAAGUGGAAAGUAGUCUGGAUACCAAUAUUUACGAUAUGGUUACAUGUCCCAUAUGUGUACUAGAAAUGGCUAAAUAUACGUUAAAAGAUCAUUUAAUUAAUGCCCAUAGUAAUCCGGAUAUGGUACUGACUUGUGCAAAGUGUAAUAAAAAUUUCAAAUCGCGAUUAACAUUACGUGAACAUGUUCGAUUAGUGCACGAGUCUAUUGAAGACUCGGUUGAAUGUGAAUUAUGCGGACAGAAGUUUAGAUCUUAUAAAUAUUUAUCAAAUCAUAAAAGAAACGUUCAUCCUAAAGGUGGUCAAGUCCAUAUCUGUGCAAAGUGUGGUAAACAAUUCAAGAGUCGUCUGUGUCUACAUCAGCACACAAAGUACGUGCACCCACCAGAGAGCGCGUCAGUGAACUGCCCGCAGUGUCGCAAACGAUUCAAAUCACGUAUCAAUUUACAUCAACAUAUAAGGAUAUCACAUAACGGCAGACAUGAUUCCUAAUGGCAACACUGAAUACAUUUCACUUUUGAAAUAUAA